GGAAAGUCUGAAACGAAGAAAAAAACAAAGACGUCACCGCCGAAAAACAAAGGAAGUCUGAUUCUAUACUCUAUUCAUAUGUUUUACGUUGUAUAGCCAAAAUGGUGGCAAAGAAACCAGUCAAGACAUUGAGAGAGCUCUGUCUCAAGGCUAUUCCCACCUUGGUGACAACCCACAUUCGAAAAAUGGCAUCCAAGUCCAGUGCACUUCAAUGGUAUUCCAUUUUAGACGGGGAUAUGGAAGUCAAUCGAGAUCAUUUACUUCAAGCGCAAGUGAAACUGUCCCAGAAAUGCAUCAACGAACAGAUUAUUUGGUACGACUACGAAGAUGUCUUCAAGGCAUUGCUCAAAGGCGUAGAAGAAGCCAUAACGAAAACGCGGAAAUUGUGGAACCCGGCAGGGGAUAUGGCUCAAUAUCGGCAAGAAAUGGAGGCCACCUCGUCCUUCACCGAUCUGGUCUUGCUACCAAUGUUGAGGCGGCUCGAUUUUCGUUACAUUCCCAAGUCGCUUCGAUCACGGGUAGUGGAUCGUUUUGAAACGUAUUCAGAAUUAAGAGAAUUGAUUUUGGGAACUGGCCAAGGAGGACAAUGGCUCUUCAAAGGGAUGAUACCGGGCUUGAUUCGGGGUCUGAAAGUCAUGACCAAAUUGGAACGAUUUACUUGCAAGCAUGACUGUACCGUGGAGUUAGUCGCGAUAUUAUCUGAAACCUGUGCAAAGACGCUUAAAGUACUUGACGUAGAAAACUCCAAGGGUGUGACCAACAAAGCGGCACCCUAUAUCAUGUUGAUGUCCAAUGUCGAAGAGUUGAAUCUGUUCAACACGCCUAUGGACGACGAAUCCAAGGCCAGGAUUUUGAUAAGUCUGCCCAAUUUAACCAAUUUGGUUCGGGGCGAUUUUCUUUGCGAAGCACUCGGAUGGAUCGACUACCUGGAGGAGGUGGAUGCCCCUCAAUUUCUCCUUACGGACUUUUUCCCUUCUCAAAGCUACUACUUCCACGAGGAAUGGCAGAUGGAGAUGGUCGGUCGGAUGUGUCCCUACAUGGCCACCAUGUACUUUAUCUUCCACGAAUCAUGCGUACCCGAUUAUCUCGUCUUGGCUACAUUCGAGUACCUGACCGAAUUGGACCUGUAUGGAGGUUCUUUCUACAAGGACAAAGUCAAAGACUUGCUAUCCCUCCGAGGCUUCCACUUGAAACGCCUCAAUCUGAUCGCCAUGAGCCAAGUAGACUACGGAGCCUUGGCGCAUAUCUCCCAAACUUGUCCCGACCUGAUCAGACUGGGAUUGAACAAUUGUGACCUGGGCCACUACCGUCCCGUGUCCGAUCCCAACUCGGACGAAGAAUACGAGCGGCGGCAACGCUUCGUCAUCAUGGCCAAAGAGGCUCACGAGGCUAUGCGGGAUCUGGUCCACAUCGAAGAAAUCGCCCUCCAGAGUCCAUGUCGGGCUAUCUACUUCACGUUCCUUCUCAGUCGAUGUGCUCACGUGCGACGGGUUCAUUUGGGGCGGAACAGUGACGUGGGCGACGAAGCCAUGCUCAAGGUGUACGUCCAACACGGCUGGACGCAUCUGGAGGAGUUCCAUUGCGAGAAAAGUGACCAUCUGACCGUGAACACGCUUCAAUUGCUGACCCAUCAAUGCGGCCAAAUUCGGGCCAUCAGUGACAUUCAGGCUUGGUCGGCGGUCUUGCCUACACAAGUGGGCCAAUUUCGCGAGUCUAGCUUCCGACAAAACUGGGAUUUGGACACAAGUAGUCACCAAAAAUUGAGGAAAUACUUGGAGAUGCGCGAUUUCGAGCGCAAGGCCUACGUGAAUCGGAUUGCUGGGCCCACCAUGGAACGCAUCCGAAGGGCCCAACAAGACCGAUGGCAACGACAGCACCAGCCUCACGAAAUUUAGGACUCGGAAGCAGUUGGACAAAAUUGGGGAAAUCCCGACCCUCGUGGCAGAAUGGACACACCAUACCGCAGGUACAACUGACCUGGAUGGACCAUCACUCAGUUGUCACUUGUCUGACCGUUGAACAUGAAAAAUGAAGGAUGAACAAAACACUAACAGAAAUUUAAGCCAGAACGUGUUGGCUAAACAUAAGACUGUGACUUUUGAAUUUUUCAAAUGGAUUUUUGGAGUCCAAUUUUGGUACUUUAGUUGCGUGAUUACAAAAAUGUGACAUUGCGUUGGA